AUGUUAACCCCCUGUACGAAAAUGCCUGGUGGUCAUUCCUUAUUAACAUACCUCGAAUCAUUGCGUUAUCGUGCUAGGUCCGAACUUGACAUAGUGAUAAUGGGUGAUGCCAGUGUCAAAGUUGGUGUGCGAGUCCGGCCGCUUUCUGACGUGGAGAUCAAUGAUGGCUGCUCUUCUUGCUUAUCUUAUCCCUCUGAUUCUCGUCAGAUAAUGAUUGGACAAGACAAACUCUUCUCUUUCGAUUAUGUGUUCGAUGAAACUACACAUCAGGAAACACUAUAUACACAAAUAGCUCGGCCUAUGGUUGAUACUGUCCUCCAGGGUUACAACGCCACUUUGCUGGCCUAUGGACAAACAGGGAGUGGAAAAACUUAUUCCAUGGGAACUUGCGGUUUCAAGAGUCCCACGGAUUCGAACAACGGAAUAGUCCCCCGAAUGGUUCGAGAUAUUUUCGAAAAUAUGUCGUCACUACCAUUCGAAUACACGAUCCGUGCUUCUUUUCUCGAGAUUUAUAAUGAAGACAUUCACGAUUUGUUAGGAGAAGACUCGUCUAUCCCGCUGCCUAUCCGCGAGGAUAACCAGGUUAUUAAGAUUCCUGGUUUGACUGAAUGUUUAGUCUACUCUUCGGAUGAUGUGUUAUCGUUGCUCCAGUCGGGUUCAGAGAAGAGGGCUGUCGGUGGGACCGCCAUGAACCAACACUCUAGUCGCAGUCAUGCGGUAUUCACUCUUCAUUUCCUCAUUCGCCCGAAGGAACAUCAUAGCAUCUCUGCGGGAUCAGAUGCGGAGACAGUCGAUCCUUUAGCGCCAGUGGAAAAUGUGACAUUGUCUUCGAAGUUGCAUCUAGUCGAUCUCGCAGGCUCAGAACGGCAGAAAAAGACGCGCGCUGAAGGCGAUCGUCUCAAAGAAGGAAUUAAUAUCAACCGCGGUCUAUUAGCUCUUGGUAAUGUAAUCAGCGCCUUGUGUGAAAAGGAUGCGAAAAAGCGCUCGCACAUUCCCUAUCGAGAUUCACGCCUUACCCGAUUGCUACAAGACUCUCUUGGUGGCAACAGCACAACCGUGAUGUUGGCUUGUGUGAGCCCAGCUGAUUCGAAUAUGGAAGAAACUUUGAAUACCCUCAGAUACGCUGAUCGUGCGCGCUUGAUCAAAAACAAGCCAAUUCUAAAUCGCGCUGACCCCAAGGAUGCCGAGUUGGCUCGGCUUCGUUCCUUAGUUGCUCAGUUGCAGUCCCGCAUGAAUAAAGGGGCUUAUCAUCUACCCAUACUGAGCCCUUGUCCUGUGGCACGAAAUCGCACAGCAUUGAAUCCUUCCACUGGUAUGAUUUCGGGGCUAACGGAUAAAGUUUCAAAACUGGAAGAUGAGCUCCGGGCCCUCGUGGAUGAACUCGACCGAACACUUGAAGACAACGCCGACUUAUACAAGAAAAUGUUUGACGUUGAAGCUGUUCGAGAUGCUAUUUGUCUUGAGGUUGAUAAGAUCACCGAGGCUCUCCACGCUUUCAAAGCUUCCAUCAACAGCCACUCUAAUUCGGACUCGGAACUUGAGGACUUUAUCACCAAAGUUGAAAUCAUUCUGAGUUCCAUCAGCGCGAUAAGGGGGGAUGGCCAAACGAAGGUGAUCGUGGCGAAAGUGGAUGAGGUAUACGAGCAGUGCGUCUCCGCUCAGGACUCUCCUGCUUGCGAUUUGGUGCCUGAUUCAUCGGAUGCAAUUGACGUCUGCGUAUCCAAAGCUGAUCCCGCGGCUACCGAAGAUGGUGCGGCUCUCGCCUUCACGAACAGCACAUUCGUUUUUAGCACUGCUGCUCCUUAUCUUAAGAAUCCCGGUCAUGACUUUAGUGAUCAUUGCUCAUCGCCUACACAUUCCUUGUUUUCAAACAGUGAGGGGUCUGUGUCGGUGGAACAACGUCUAAAGGAUAAAGAACGGGAGCUGUGCGACGCGCGGCGUCAGCUUGCAGAUUUAGCACGUCUGCGUAGAGCGAAAGAGGCCCGGGAAGCUGAGUGUCUGCGCCUCCGUAAUGAUAUUCAAACACUGAAAGUUUCGAUGGUCCGAACUGCAAAGCAAUUGAAGGACGAAAGUGCCGCCUAUAGACGUUGGCGAAUUGAAAAAGAGCGUGAAGUUCGUCGACUUCAAGAACACGACCGCCGUCUGCAAUCAGAGAUGUCGCAAAUGGCUUGCGCGCAUGAGCGACAACAGAUGGUUCUCAAACGACGCGUGGAAGCUGCAGCCGCCACCGAAAAGCGCUUGAAAGAAAUGCUCCUACUUCAACGCGAUCGUCGGAAUGAUAAACGCCAGAACGAGGCCUCUGCCAACCUCAGCAAAUCGGACUUCGCUGCCCGGGUUCGCUCUUGGGUAAGCUCAGAUCUGGACUUGCACGUUGGAAUGGGUGAAGCACGCUAUCAUCUUAGCCAACUGAUCGAUUCUCGUCGAACGUUGUGUGAUGAGUUGCGGUCGGUCGAGGCUUCCUUGACAGAGGAAUGCAACUCAGGCGAGGAUCAGCAACGCUCAGCGAAAAUCAUCAGACUUACUGAAGCCAUUGAAUCGCAAACUCAACAGAUUAAUGCUUUGCAACAAAAAUUACUGGAUGCUGGUGAACGCCUAACAUCCGAUCAGACGACGUCGACUGGCACAUCGGAACAGCUCAUCAACUCGCGCUUAUUCCAGCUACACAAUAUACAGGAAGCGCGCAUCGCAUUACGCUAUCUAUUCAAAGAAGUUGUCUCCUCAAAAGUGCAGAUGCUUGCGACGGAUAGUCGCGCUGCAGAUUUGGAAGUUCAACUUACUGCCAAAGAACACGAAUCAGAUCAGUUACGCCGAAAGGCCGUCGAAUAUUCUGCUCGUUUAACUAAUUCAGAAGAGCAGCUUAAACACCUGCACAGUCUAAUGAGCAAACUGGAAACGGAGAAUCGUUCUCUCCAAUCCCAGCUGGAUGAUUUGCGCCAGUCUGUAACAAAGACGAAACGAGCUUCUCUUGUUCGCAUGCAUUCGUACGUCACCGAGCCUUCUGGCGACGUCCGUCGUUUGUCUGGAACACCGAUUCUCUCUCACAGACGGCGCAUCACCCGCCAGUCAGUGCAAAUCUUGAGAAAGAAACGAAGGACCAACUCGCCUCAGGUGCUCGCUCCUGAUUCUACUAGGAAAGGCGGUUCGAUGUUAGACUCGUUCGAUGAAACCGAUGGUCCGACUGACUCUAGUUUGCUCGAUCCUACUUGGCGCUUACCUGGAUUGACCGAAGAUACGAAUCAAAGUUUAGCAGGGCAACCUAAGAAAGCUCGGGAUAUUCAGGUGUCCAAGAGAAUGUCACGUGCCUCGCAUGCCACCGGGCAUUGUAAAUGUCGCGGAACCUGCACAGCUCGGUGCAGCUGUCAUCGUGCUGGGCAACUGUGCAUUGAGGGUUCCUGCAAGUGUCUGGCUGAUCGAUGUCAAAAUCGUUCAGCCCCCGCCGUCACUCAACCGGACCCGGUUGUCCUCCGAUCGGAGGCUUCCGACGACCUGAUGGGACCUCCUCAACUGGCAGUCAAGUUUUCCAAAGCAAACAGACAUCGAAUCACACGAGCACCGUUGCUUGAACUUCCCUCUCCGGACAACACCACCACCGAUGUGUUGAAUCGGACCUUUGACUUGGGUACUGAGGAGGAGAGACAUUCGCCCUCAAAAACCGGUUCAACUGAUCAAUCUAUCUCAACGUCGCAAAUGGGCCUUAAGCACUUGUGGCCUCGACAUCGUUUAUCUUACUUCCCUAGCCCAUCUAUGCGACCUAACAACUGAACCCCACGGAAUGGCUUUAUCAGCCCCCCCCCGCCUCACUAGUCUCCGUGGUUUUCCCACGCUUUCUGUUCAUAUGCUGUCAGUCAUCAUCUUUACACGGUGUUGCUGUAAAUAGUUUAUAUGUGCACCGAAAAUGCUACCGUGCCUUUGGAUUUUUAUUCCUGCAUAUUCCACACUCGUGAUUGGGAUGAUCUCCUUAUUGUGUUGCUUUGUACAGAAGUCCCCGGUAGGAGUUCCUCCGUAUCACACACGACACUUUUUUCUAAUCAUCCCUGUCAAAUGCGGACGUCACUACUUCCUUCUCUAGUGUCAAUAACGGGGAAUAUCAAAUGUCACAUUCAGAUUACCCGUGUUCCGUCCACAACGCAGAACGCAUUUUGCUAUGUGUUACGUAAGAUUUGCACUUGAACGAUUUUACCCAUUAUCAAGUUAUCUCGUCUCGCUUGCCUUGAUUGAGGAUCUGUUUAUUUCACCUGCAGAUUGAGAGAUGGUCUAUAGGCGCUCCCAAUUCUGCCAUGAUGUCCGAGCAUACAUUCAGGGGAGGGGGGAGGGUGUCGCUUGUACCUUCGCGUUCUAAUCAGCGCCUUUUUAACCACUGGCUUCGCCUUCCCUGUGUACACACUGAACGUGAAUUCGCAUACAUAUCCUACUCUAGAGCCUCUACCGAACUGUUACAUGCACUUCCACAUGACCCUGUUUUUUUUGACCCUUCGGUUUUUGUAUUGUCAUUGUCAUCUGGAGACACUUACUGGCAACAUACUUUUUGCUCCCAACUGUUGGUGUUAUCUGAUAUAUGUAUUAUGGCUAAAAUGUGUGAGCAGUUAUUCAUCUUAUCCCAUGUACCUUUCCGGAAUCUUCGAAUGCAAACACGUCUUUGCCACGUUGGCGUAUCAUUCCUGAGGCUAACCAUCAUUCUAGUUGUUUUAGAUUCCGAUUUACAUAGUCAAUGUGCAGGGACAUGUUUAUUGGGACAACGGGCACACAACAUAUAUUUGCCCUGACAACUCACGGCGCCACUCAUCUGAACGACACUGAAUCUUCCGUGAAGUAGUCAUCGUCACUAACUGCUUAAGGGAUUCUCCUUGUUCCAUCUCUAUUUGUAGUCCUUGUGCGAUUACCUUUUUGUGGUCCGUUGUUUGAGUUCCCCUUUUCUGUCAUACUACUCGCUCCUGGCGCACUUUAAAUGCAUCCGAUGUUCCACUGUGCG